UCCUGGCCCCGUCCCCGCGCCGCCUGCGUUCCUGCCCCGGGGGCUGAAGUUUCUCCCGCGUUGCCGCUUGAACAGCAUCCAGUUGCCUCGCCUUUAAAAUGCCGGCGCGGCCGCGGCUCCGCUCAGAACCCCCUCUCUCUCGCCGGUCGCCGGGGCGCUGACUCAGCCGCAGCCGGGCCUGGGCAGCGCCCCCCGCGCCCUGCGCCCCCGGCUCCGGGAAGCGCCGCAGCGAGGGACCCGCGCCCGCCGCAGGCUCCGAGCCCUCCCGGCCAGGGGCUCCCGGGCGCACGGGACGGGCCGCGCCAGGUAAGGGCUGCGGGAGCUUCCCGGCACCGACUCCACGGUGCCCGCUGGGCUGGGGCGCAGCUUCCAGGGCGCUGCGAGGGCGCCGCUCGAGUCCCCAGCCGCAGACGGAGCUUGUGCUCGCUGAGAUCCAGCCUAACCCAGCCGCUGCAGCGAGGGGAGUCGCGUGGGCACCCGGGCCGGGAUCCCCUCCUCUGCGGCACUGAGCGCCGGGGCUCGCCUCUGUGAGCUGCAGGUCUAGACGCGCGCCGGCAGAACCAGCUAGAUUCUUGUGCUUGGACAGCUCUGACUCUUGUUACUCUGAGUGAAUUCACAACGUCUCUGUAGCCCACUGUUUCUCCCCACCGUGCGGCGCUCCGCUGCGGCCCGGCCGCCUUCUCUGCGUGAAAAGCCGCUGCUCCCGUGGGCGCCCCAACCGGGAUGCCCCGGCCGCUCCCCUGCCGCUCUGCAGCACCCCGCUCCCGCUCCCGGUGUGAGCCCAGCAGUGGCCCCUAAGAAGUGGUGACCACUCCCACCAACAGGGGUGGAAGAUGGUACCAGCCAACCCUGAGCCGGAGGAGGAGCCCGCAGUCGUUGCCGCGAGAUGGAGGAGCCCACUCCCGAGCCUGUCUUUGUCGACGUGGACAAGGGACUGACCUUGGCCUGCUUCGUCUUCCUCUGCCUCUUCCUCAUCGUGAUGAUCAUCCGCUGUGCCAAGGUCAUCAUGGACCCUUACAGCGCCAUCCCCACAUCCACCUGGGAGGAGCAGCACCUGGACGAUUGAGACGGAAGUGGGGGGCUGGGGAGCAAGACCCCCAGCUCUCUGUGGGCCGGGGCACCCAGGACAUGCCUCCGGGUCCCCUGGUCCCUGACCUGCCAGCCCCUGGAGGCGAGGAGUGGGGAAGGCUCACCUCAGCCUUGCCCUGCUGUCACGGGAGCACCAGAGCGAGAUGGCCAUGCUGCUGAGGGGUGUUGCAGGCACAGGGCGGUCUGGGGGUGAGGAGGUCUGGGUCCCAGUCUGGGGAAUCACUGGAUGACCAGUGGGGACUCACCUUCUCUGCUUCCUCUGCACCUUCAGGAAUCAAACCAGGUCAGAUACCCAUCAUCACACAAUAGGGGUCUCCUUUCCAGGAGAUUCUCUGCUCUUAAAAUGAGAAGCAGCACACUCACUAGCACGGGAGACUCCCAACACAGAUGUCCCACGUGAGCCCAGCCCCUUCCCGAGGGGAUAGCAAUGGAGGGAGCCGUCAAGGGUGAAAGGAUGUGGAAGGUACCUCACCCGAAAAAUUCACGAAAGGCACACGGGCUGCUUCCAAGGAGUUUUGUUUUGUUUUGUUUUUAAUUAAAGUAUAGAGGAAUAUAUUUUUCCUGUUAUAGUUGAAAUUUGCAUUUUAGAAAUUUGGGGAAAAUACAGAAAAAUAGAAGGGAAGGGGAAAAAAACACUUAUAAUCUCAUCUUCCAAACGCCACCAUUUUUAUAUAUUUUCUUCCAGCCUUUUUUAUAAGCAUUUUUAAAUAGUCAAAUUCAUACUGAAUGCAUGAGGUUGUAUCACAUCAUAUUACAGCAUGACUAUUUUCCCAUUUCAUCAAACACUCUUAAGAGCUGUGAUUUUGUGUGCCUGCCAAAUAUUCAGUCAGGUAGUUGGGUCAUAGUCUAAUAAUCUUAUCCAUUGGUCGUACAUUUAAUACUUUGCGCUAAUUUUUCCUCAUACAAAGUUAUUCAACCCAGUCUCCUUUUGAGGGUGCACGAUCCACAGAUGAAUAUUGGGCAGGGAGACCUGGGUUUUGUGCUUUGGCCAAAGGCUGUGUGUCCUUAGGCAAGUCACUGGACCUCUCAGCGCCUCAGUUCCCCUGUUGUGAAAUGGGGAGGAAAAGCUUUGCCCUUUCCAUCUUGUGUAAACCUUCUGUGAACGAAAGGACAGGAGGCGAGUGCUUUGAAAGUAAAUGUGCUGUUGGGAUAAAGGAAUAAGCUGUUGGUAAUGACUUCUCUUGGGGCCUCCCUCUCACUCCUCUCCCAGUAUCACCUACGUCCAUGACCUUGCAGCAAGAAUAUUGGACCAAACAGAGUCCACCAACGUGGCCCCAAGUCUCCUUCCUGGCUAUAGGACCCUGAAUAACUUGCUUUGCCUCUCUGAGCCCCAAUUUCUUCAUCUGUAAAAUGGGAAUAACAUCUACCUCGCAAGGUUGCAGUGAGGAUGAUGAGAGAACAUGGGCAAACAGUUGUAUCCACCACUCCAGGAGAAGCCUGGGACCCAAGCUGGGAGGAAAAGAGGUUCUGGGUCCCUCCUGCUCCUCAGGGCCAGGAACUCUGGGCUUUUGUCAACUUCCCAGGUAACUUCUUACAGGCCAAAUCUCCUUGUCUGGAGGAAUACUCACAGCAACCUCCCCCAGCACCUGCUGUCAAGAGAUAAGGCAUCUGUUAAAUUAUGUAGUAGUCAUUGUCAUCAGUUUUGCCACAAGCAAGAUACAAAGUCAUAGGAGGCCACUUGAGCUCCCCUUCCUCUGAGAGCAUUUAUUCCAUCCCUCCAAGGUGUGGCCUGCCAACCCCGUCAGAGGAGGCCUGCAGCUGGGAAUAAGCUUAGGGCUCCCUUCCCAUUACCUGUAUCCGAGCCACCCCUCCAACCAGGGCACCUGGGAAAUGGAUUUCCAAUGCACUCUCACCUCUAGGUGACCCUGAAAGUUGGCAGUGCCACAGAUAUUCCGGGAUCAUUCCAAGACAUACCCAGCUGGUCCCCCAUGUGGCAUGCCCAGAGGGACAGUUGGCAGAGGCAGGGGACGAAGAUGCAUUCCAAGGCUCUGCAUAAGGGAGGACGUGGAAUAAGAGCCCUGUGUGUUGACUCAGACCCAGCAGCAGCCAUCACUCUGCAGCCUACCUCAGAGACACCAAGCACAUCUGUGAAAAGCCCAUCAGCACAGAUUUACAAUGGAAACCAAAACCAACUCCCAAUCAGCUAAUAGUGGACCCAAAAGGAACCCCAAGUCUUGAAGGCCUCACCUGGAAGCACUUUAAAACUUUUGGGGAAAGAAUAGAUGUCCUAGGGCAGUGUUACUCAAAUUGUGGUCCAAGGACAAAAAACAUCUAUAUCACUGGGGAACUUGUCAGAAAUCCAAAAUCAUGGCCCCUGCUCCAGACCUACUGCAGGACCAGAAUCUCUGCGGGCAGGGCCCAGGAAUCCAUAGUAGCAAGAUCUCCAGGUGAUUUGUGUGCAUAUCAAAGUUUGAGAAGCACUGCCUUAGGGAUUCCUUGGUUCCAAUUCAUUCUUUUCCGCACUUAGUUUUGCUGAUGUUCUCACUCUAUCUCUUGACUCUUGGAUAGCAAGGGGAGUAUAGUAACAUUUCAGAAAGGACUGAAAAUAAAAAUCAUUCCCCACCCACGCUUCCAACAAAACAGUGAUUUUCAUUACAGGUGUGUAUGUUCCUUUCAAAUCCUUGUCACAUGCAAGAUAUAUUUUUUCAUGUCACCAGUUUCAUACUUGUAUAUGAUACUCUUUCUCCUAACUUUACAUCAUAAGUAUGUUUCCAUGUUGUUCCUACAGUCUUUGUAUUUAUCAUUUUAAUGGUUAUAAAACAUGGCAUUUAGUGCAUGUACAUAAUUAUCCAGAUUCCUAUUGUUAAAUUCUUGGAUUGCUUUUAUUUUUCCCUGUUAUAUAUGUACCAAGAGGAAAAAGAAAGAUAAACACAGAUACAAUGAACCCUGGGUGUUUGCUCAGGGUGGAGGGAGAAUAAAUAUCUAAACUACACCCCUUCACCUAAGAAACACAUGGGGGAGGAAGACCUGCCUACAACUUUGAUCAUAAUAGGAAUUUCAAAGCUUCUGCCAUUGCUUCAUGCUGCUAAAGGAUGGAAGAGGUGAUCCUUUGUGAUCAGAGCACCUUACUGAGUUUCUGACUAGCCAAGACUAAAGUUUGUGAUUGUGGAUAGAAAGCUAAGUUGUUUGGAAAAAGAAAUGAACAGACAUUUGUUAGGACUGGAAGCUGGCAGAGAGAAAAGAAAAAGCAUUCAGGAAGGGGGGCCUUGGGAUUUGGUCACAAGCCAGGACUUUAGGGAAAACGUGAGAGAGAAACUCCCUGCAGCAAGGAAGGGUGACAGACUUCCCAGACAGUGGUGUCUAGUGGUCAAUGUUAAGUCAUCGCCUGUACUGUGUUCUGCUGUGGUCCCUUCACAUUACCGCAAAUCUUCAGUAAAGUCUGAUACACAAUCCGCUUUGUGUCAGUAGUACUUUGGGACAACGAAGACA